AUGGGUCCGCCAAUACCACGACAAGUGAAAAAUAUUAUUUAUAAUGUACAUAGUUUUUUUUUAAGACGAAAGGGCGACAAGGAAUGUAUGGAACACAAAUAUAAUAUGAACAUUAAUAAAUUAGUAGCAGAGGCUACAGGAGUGUCUGCCCGCACCGUAAUGCGAAUUGUAGCUGAAGGAAAUUCGAGUCUACAAACAUCGGAAAUUGCAAAAUUUUCAUCUCCGCGGAAAACUAAAGAAAUAAAAAAGAGAAUCCAGAUUGAUGAUUUUGACAUGGGAGUUAUACGAAGAAAAAUUCAUCAAUUUUAUACUAGUGAUAAGAAAAUCCCAAGUAUUCGUAAGCUGCUUGCAGUUUUAAAAGAAGAUGGCAUUGUGAACUGCGGUUGUACCUAUUUACGACAGCUUUUACAUAAGAUGGGAUAUUUAUUUAAAAAAUGUAAAUCUAAGAGACACAUUUUAAUUGAGAGGCCCAGUAUUGCUGAAUGGAGAGUAAGGUAUUUAAGAGCUAUACGGAAACAUAGAAAUGAAAACCGAAACAUAUAUUAUCUGGACGAAACCUACGUUAAUAGUAGCCACACCUCCAAUAUGUGUUGGCAAUCCGAAUCUGAGCCUGGAAUUUAUGCUGAUAUUGGCAAAGGGCGUCGUUUGGUGAUUGUUCAUGGUGGUAGCCGAGACGGAUUAGUUAACGGUGCCUUAACAAUUUUCAAAUCAGAUUCGAAAUGUGGGGAUUACCAUGGCGAUAUGAAUGCCACAAAUUUUCAUAACUGGGUUAGUCACAAAUUGAAAAAUAAACUAGCUCCUAAUUCAGUGGUCGUAAUGGACAAUGCCUCCUACCAUUGUGUACAGGUAAAGAAAAAACCUACUAUGUCAAGUUUAAAAAGGGACAUGCAAGAUUGGUUACGCGAACGUAAUGUUGAAUUUACACCAGAUAAUACAAAGUCACAGUCCGAAAAAAUUUACGUCAUUGACGAAAUAUUAAAGGCUUCAGGUCAUAUCGUUCUUCGCCUUCCGCCAUAUCAUCCUGAUCUCAACCCCAUUGAGCUUGUGUGGGCCGAUAUAAAGAACAAUUUAGCUACAAAUUAUAUAAAUACUUCAUUGGACGACAAAAUUCCAAUCAUCACAAAAUUGUUUUCUGAAUUCACUCCGGGAAGAUGGCAAAAGUGUGACGACCACGUACAGAAAAUCGAGAACCAAUAUUGGGACCACGAUAUGAGGUUUGACAAUGUAAUAGACGAGUUGAUCAUAAACCUGGGAAACGAUUCAGAUUCUGAGGAGGAUAUGGAAAUUGAAGACAUGUAUAGUAAUGAAGAAGAAGAAGAAGAUAUGGAUUAA